CAAGAGAUGCAUAUAAUCCCCGAGUUGACCCAGAAAGCAAUCUCCCGUAUCAGGGACAGCAGCGGAACGAGCAGACGGCCUGCUUACGUCCCUGAAACCAACACUUUUACUGAAGGAUAUUGCAGACGACAGGAGAAAGAGAAGGAGAAAGAGAAGGAGAAGGCGUCCAUUAAAGGGAAUAAGAAGAUACACCCGUAUACAGAAUCGCUCCCAAGCCAUGGCUGAUCACAUGAUGAUGCCCAUGACUCACGGCUCUGCCGGCGGUGGCCUGCACGGGUUCCGCAUGGGAAUGAACGGCCAUCCUCAGCACGCGGGCCAGCCGGGCCUGCGCAGUCUUCCCAACGGGCAGCUGAUGCACUACAGCAGGGGCCCGCAGGGGUCCAUGGAAGCGGCCAUGAGGCCGCGGCCCGGGAUGGGGCCGGUGAUGAACGGCCAGGUCGGCGGUCAGAUGGGGAGCGCGCACCACCACCACCAGAUGCAGACGGGUGGCAUGAUGUACGGAGGCGCCAACCAGCAGCAGGGGGCGCACCUUCAAGGGCACCACAUGCACCCGCAGAACCCCCAGCAGCACCCGCAGCAGUACAUGGGCGGAGGAGGUCUGAGCCCAUCUCAGCAGCUCAUGGCCAGCAUGCACCUGCAGAAACUCAACACGCAGUACCACGGGCUUCCACUAGGGCCCGGCAGUGGACACCACAUGGUGAACGGGGCCCAGUACAGGAUGGGUCCGGGCCAGCUGGCGGGGAUGCAGAUGGGCAUGGGUGGGCCAGCGCUGGGCCUCAACGUCAUGGACACGGACUUGAUCGACGAGGAGGUUCUCACGUCUCUUGUGCUGGAACUGGGUUUGGAUAGGGUUCAGGAGCUCCCCGAGCUCUUCCUGGGCCAGAACGAGUUUGACUUCUUCUCAGACUAUGUGUGCAAGCAGCAGCCGAGCACGGUCAGCUGCUGAGCAGCCGGUUAGUAGUGGACUUCAUUAUCUGCCCAGUCAGCAAAGAGCAGAGUCGGGUUGGUUGCUCAUACAGUGCUGAGGACGCUGCAAGAGAAGAGAAGAGAAGAGAAGCCAACCUUUCUGGUCCCGAGUGGCUGUGUCCGUCUGUGAAGUUCUAUAUACUGUAGUAUGCUCUGACCUGACCCGUUUGCUGUCGAAUGACCUGAGAAGGAAGAAGUGUCCCUCGUAAAUGUCACUGAGCUGACCUUUUUUUAUAUUAUUUCAAAGUGUGAGGUAGCAAGGCCUUGUCUUUUCCCCUGGUUUAAUGAUGUAGCUCUGCCAAACCAGGGUUGAAUGUAACCUCGCUUCAUGGGAAAAGAGCCCUGCGUAGAACAACGCAUAGGCUGCCUUGCCUCCCUGGGGGCACCCACGUACGCUCAAAGGCAUUCAACAUCUGAAAUAUACUUACUUAUGACGACCACCAAAAAAAAAAAAAGUGGACAUGAGCUCAGAUGACCUAAAAAGUCUGCUUCCAGAGGCUUGAGUAGAGUAUUUUGUGUGUAUUGAAGGCUGGUACUUCAAA